ACACAAAAUAUCAGAAAUUCAACACAAUUUACUCUCAUUCCUGGUACAAAAGUUCGUGUAGUUCUUGACGACAAACCGUUGACAAAGAAACGUUUAAGGUUAAGUAGAAACUAUUAUAUAGUAGAUUCAACGCAAGGUAAUGGAUAUCUUAUAAAAGCUGCCGACGACUCCAUAGCAUUUUACCCUCGACAUAAAUUAGUUGAAAGUAGUAAUGGCAAACUUGCUGAAACCAUUGACGAAGCAAAGCGAGGAGUGGUUAUUGAAAUACUUGGCUAUAACAUAAACGAUGACACUUAUAAAGUAAGAUAUGAAGGAGGCGUUGAAGAUGUUACACCAUCUAAGAACUUGAGAGAGUCGAAGCCAACACAUCUGGGACCAUUAGAGCGGGAGUACUGGAAAGACAAAAAUAUGCCAGAAAGAAUAAGAAAAUUCUUCUAA